UGGUAAAUUUUGUUACCCAUUAUUCUUCAUUUGCUCCAUUUAGUGAAUAUUAAUAAUAGUAUUUAUUUUUUUGGUAGGAACUCUAUAUAAGUUUGUGAUGUGGAGAUACUGUAUUCCAUUCUGCUUUCUGGGGUUUUCUUAGUUUUAGUUGUUGUAUUGUGGUUUCUGGGUUUGCUUUGAUUUUCAUGUUUAGUGGAUAUUUGUUGUUUUUACUUUUUUGAAAGCAUGAAGUGUGUGAUUGUUUCUGUUAGAGUGAGUUGGGGAACAGUGUUGCAGCUCUUAUCUAGUUUCUAGAGCUUGAAAGUUGCUGUUUUUCCGUUGGUGAAUUUUAAAAAGGGUCAAACUUUUGAUGUCAUUGCUGGUACAAAACAUGGCAUCAGUUGUUACUUUCAGGGUAUCACCUAGUUCUGCAAUAAAUUUAGAGUAUAAGCCUCGUUUUAGAGUGAGAACUCAGAGUUUAGGUGAUGGUGAUUCAUCAGUUUUGUCAUCUGAUUCACUUGUGGUGAAUGGUGGUUCUGUAACUAGGGAGAAAGUGAAAGAUGGAACCUUGGUGCAUUCAGGAAAUGGGAGGAUAAAGCCUCGAAUUGAGGAGAAAAAGUUGGUUAAAGAUGCCGUUUCAGAAGAUUUAGAGGUGUUGUGGGAGGAUGGAUAUGGGACUAAGAGUGUCAAGGAUUAUCUUGAUGAAGCUACGGAGAUGGUUAAGCCUGAUGGAGGGCCACCUCGGUGGUUUUGCCCUGUUGACUGCGGGCCUCCUUUGGAGGGUUCUCCAACUCUUCUGUUUCUUCCUGGGCUUGAUGGACUUGGGUUAGGCCUUAUUUUGCACCAGAAACCUCUUGGGAAAGCCUUUGAAGUUCGGUGCCUCCACAUUCCUGUUUAUGAUCGAACACCGUUUGAAGGACUGCUUCAAUUUGUUGAAAAAACUGUGAGGCUUGAGCAUGCCUCAUCUCCCAAUAAACCAAUUUAUUUGGUGGGGGAUUCCUUUGGAGGAUGCCUAGCACUAGCAGUUGCUGCUCGUAAUCCGAGCAUUGACUUGGUCCUCGUACUUGCUAACCCAGCUACUUCAUUUGGCAGAUCACAGCUUCAGCCCUUGUUCCCUGUCUUAGAGGCUUUGCCUGAUGAAUUACAUUUUACAGUCCCAUAUCUUCUUAGCUCUGUUAUGGGAGAACCAACUAAGAUGGCAAUGGUUAAUAUUGACAACAGGCUCCCUCCUAGACUAAGAUCUCAACAAUUUUCUGCCAACCUUACUGCUUUGCUGCCACGUCUUUCUGGUAUGGCAGAUAUUAUACCAAAGGAUACUCUUCUUUGGAAGCUGAAGUUGCUUAAAUCAGCUUCUGCGUAUGCUAAUUCACGUCUCCAUGCUGUCAAAGCUGAAGUCUUAGUGCUUGCCAGUGGCAAGGAUAAGAUGCUUCCUAGUGGAGAUGAAGCAAACCGUCUCAGGAUUUCAUUGCAGAAUUGCAUAGUUCGCCACUUCAAGGACAAUGGGCACUCACUUCUAUUGGAAGAUAGCCUAAGUUUACUUACCAUUAUCAAAGGAACCUGCAAAUACCGUCGUUCAAGGAAGUUUGAUUCCAUCUUGGAUUUUCUGCCUCCUAGUAGGACAGAAUUCAAUUAUGCAUUUGAUCAAGUGGUUGGAUUAAUUAAUGCUGCUACUAGUUCAGUGAUGUUUUCAACAUUGGAAGAUGGAAAGAUAGUGAAAGGCCUUUCCGGGAUUCCAAAUGAAGGUCCUGUCUUAUUAGUUGGUUACCACAUGCUGAUGGGAUUUGAACUUUAUCCACUUGUUGAACAAUUCUUGAGAGAGAAGAAUAUUAUGGUUUACGGCAUGGCUCAUCCGGAGUUAUUUUUAGGAAGGCUCGAGGAUUCAUCUAAUGAAUUUUCUAUGACUGAUUGGUUAAAAGUUAUGGGAGCUGUACCUGUUACUGGUAAAAAUCUUUUUAAAUUGUUAUCAAAAAAAUCACACGUUCUUCUUUAUCCUGGUGGUGCACGUGAGGCUCUCCAUUACAAGGGUGAACAAUAUAAACUAUUUUGGCCUGAUCAACAAGAAUUUGUGAGAAUGGCAGCACGAUUUGGGGCCACAAUUGUACCCUUUGGGGCUAUAGGAGAAGAUGACAUAGCAGAAUUGGUUCUCGAUUACAAUGACUUAAUGAAAAUCCCUGUGCUUAAUGACUAUAUCAGGGACUCAAUUAGCAAGUCUGUGAAAAUAAGGGAUGAAACUAGUGGAGAGGUUGCCAACCAAGCGCUUUUUCUUCCAGGUCUAUUGCCGAAGAUUCCUGGCCGCUUCUAUUAUCUGUUUGGUAAACCUAUUCACACAAAGGGAAAAGAAGUGUUUUUGAGGGACAAAGAAAACGCAAACGAAUUGUACUUGCACGUAAAAUCUGAAGUUGAACGUAAUAUUGCCUACUUGUUGAAGAAGCGAGAAGAGGAUCCUUAUAGAAGCAUUAUUGAUAGAGCUGCAUAUAAUUUGAUAUAUGGUCGUGAUGUUCCAACAUUUAAGCUUUGAAGAAUUGAUUGGACAGGUAUAUUGUUCAGGGUCCUAAUGUUACAAAAAUUAUGCAAGAAAGCCUUUUUGCUGCUGUAAGUUAUAUUCAUUCUAUUUUUGCAUUCAAGGUCUAAUAUGUACCAUCCUGUAAAGAUAAUCUUUUUUCUUCUAUCAAUUAUACAUUUCAUGGGGGCAAUAUCAUUGUUUCA